UUUCGUAACGCAGUAUAACGCAUUCCGCUGCGUAACGCUUAUUCCAACGGCUGUCACUUUUUGAAUCUCACGGAUCAAAACAAACGUGCGCGGUACGCUUGGCUUGGAUAGAAAAAGGGAUAUUUCUCUGUGAAAAUGAUAGAAAAAGUCGAUUCUGUGUACCGGACGAACAUGCAAACAUCCAAAACGCUUGAGGAACUCCGGGCGCUGAAUGGCCGGAACGAGAAACUGCUGGCCGAUUUCGGCAUCGACGUGUUCUCGUUGAAAGACCCGGUGUCAGAGCUGCUGGAGCAGUUUGCCCAGAUACGCCAGUACACCGGACUGGGAGUCGAGCGGCCCGACCUGUCCUUCCUGGACGAGUUCCUACAGCAGCGCGAGGCCAGACGGCUAGAGGCAAAGCUACAGUCGAUCCAACUGCGAUCCGAAAUCGAAGCUCUACAGAACGCAGUCGAAUGUGUCGAGAAAGAAACAAAACAACUGGAAUGCUUUCUGGAGGAAAGUGAGGCGUUGGUCACGACCGGCGAUCAGUACGAAAAGCGACAUGCCUUGCUGGAGAAGAGCAUCGAGCAAAUCAAGGGCCGUCAGAAAGCCGUCUCGAACCUGUCGAACGAGAUCGAUCUGGAUGAGCUGAUCGCCAAUGUGCGUCUGCUGGAGGAGGAAACUGCUUCGCGCCGGAAUGAGAACUGAACCGGAAUGUUCGUGAGGGGAUUUGUAGGCUGCGUGUAACAGAGAACAAACAAAUAACAAUUCAUGCUAUUGCGCUGCCAUUUCUCCCGGGAAUCACCGGCAAGAUCAGAGAGCCACAUAAACGUUGUCAGAUGCUGCGGUUGCUGUACAGUGAUUGGCAGCGUCAGCACAUAAUGUGUCGCUGUCCUGGUUCAUGUUUCACGGGGAUUUUUAGCGCGACUACCUGGUGCAGUUACCGGGAUCUUUCACAGGGAAACUAAAACCACCAUCAGGUGAUUCAUGCAAAAGGCAUUGCCGGAAUUUCUUAUCGGUAGGCCGACUGACUGACUAGGCUGUUGUUUUGGAAGCAUGUUUGCCAUAGGGAUAACGGGGAAGAACACCCUUUGUGCUUGAUUUAAUAUGUAAAAUCGUAAAAUGAUUAAAUAUAUAAAAUAGAUUGAAAUAUAAUUGAACUUGUAAACAUUACUACCGUUAGUGAAAAGCAUGCAUGCAGACGGUGAAUUGGUGUAAUACAAUAAAUAAAAUAAUGAAAACCGUC